AAACAUUAGAAGAGAGAAUCGAUGAUGCAAAGAAGGCGCGACCUGGUCUGUCUCCGCACGUGAUGCAUUAACCAACGAGUACUCUUAACCAUCAGUAAAGUCUUUGCGCAUCACCGUUUCUUCACUCAAGAACUCUUCCUACUCCCUCUCCAUCAACAACUCGACAGCCGCCCAUGCCUCCACCACCACCACCACCACCUCCUCCACCACCAGGCGGUGGACCACCUGCCGCAGCACCGGUCCCUAAACCAUCCAAGGACAGAAAUGCACUCCUCAGCGAAAUCCAAAGCGGAACCAGACUUAAGAAGGCUGUCACCAACGACCGCUCCGCUCCCAUCGUCGAUGCGCCAAAGUCGAGCAUUGGGGGCGGCGGAGGAUCGCUACCACGACCACCGCAAAUAGGCGGUGGUGGCGCAAGCAAUGGCGGUAGCGCAGCGGGGGCUGGAGGCGCACCACAGCUAGGCGGGCUGUUUGCAGGAGGUAUGCCCAAACUCAAGAGUCGAAGCGGCGGUCUGGACACAGGAGCCGAUCACAGCGCCAGCAACAACGUCAGCAAUGGAACUCCCGCUAGAGGACUUCCAAAACCACCCACGUUCAACAGCCCCGCCAAAGCGACACUGCCAGUACCAACAGCGACACCUCCCAGUGUACCAGGAAGGACACCACCGCCCGUACGUCAUGCACCUGCCACUCCACUCUCUGCUGCAGCGCCAUCUAGUUUAUCUAAGGGCAGCUCACCCUCCAGAUUUGUACCUGCUCCACCAUCCGCCAAUGGAUCGCCUGCUCGUGCGGUUCCGGCGGUUCCACCCACUCCAGGACGCCCAGCAUCCACACUUCCACCUAAUCUCUCCCGUUCGCCCGCCCCACCUGCUCCACCACGAAAGAUAGGACCACCUCCUCCAUCACGGCCCAAUGGAACAGCUCACCCACCAGCAACACCAUCACGACCAACACCUGCACUUCCAGGUCGUGCACCUCCUCCGCAGCCGGGGCGCGCUACUCCCUCAACGCCUUCUACAGCACCUUUUACGUCUAAUCCACCAUCCACACCUCCGAACAGGACACGCCCGCCGCCCAGCACCCCUCCACCCCUGCCAGGGGUAGCCCCCAGAGCGCGGUCUGGUUCUGCCCCAGUCAAACCCGACAUUCGUCCUGCUGCAUCUGUACCAGAGCCACCAGCAACAGAAGGUCGGUGGACAUUUAGAACGGCCUCGGACUUUCCUGCACCUCGGGCAAAUCACAGUACUGGAUCGAAAGUGUAUCCCAGCGGAAACUCUACGGGAAGCUCCGUCCCGUUGGAUUUCUCGUCAUUAGCAGGCGUAUCAGCAGGAAGAGUGCCGCCCCCUCCACCUAUGGGGGGUGGCGGUCGUUACCGCUAAAGAACAGCUGGAAUGAAGAGAAUAAAGAAAAGUAUCGAGGCAUCAUAUCGAAUCAACAUGUCAUAAACCGCCCCUGUUGAGCCAAGGA